CCGGUUUUCCAAGUUUCAUCCUCUCCUCUCUCUUUCUCUCGGUCCGCUUUUAGCAUCUACAGUUUCUCUCUCCUCUACGCCGGAGAAAAACCGAUUUCUCCGGCCGUUAACCGGUGAAUAGAUUCCGUUUCACCUCGAGAGCGCCUCCGUAAAUCUCUUCCUUCUGGUGGAUAGUGUAUGUGGUGAUUUUGGUGUUUGUUUGACGGCGAUUCGGAUCUCCGCGUUUGACUCGGUCCUGACUCGUUUCGCGGCGUUUUCGUAGAAUGUGGCUCGCGGUGUUUGCAUGCCAGGCUUUGUAUUGAACUCGCUGCUCGAGAUCGUGAUCUAGGGUUUCGUCUCUGUUCUUUUGUUCGUUGCUUGUUGCGGUUGGUUUGUGUAAUCCGUCGAGAAAAAAAAACGGAGGCUCACGGAGAUAGGUUACGGAAUGCUAUGGCGGAAAGGAGGAGUUGCUUGUCGAAAGAGGCUAAAGAUGGGUUAGAAUAUCUGAAACGUAAAAGGCUUCAAAAGAUGAGAUCAGACUCUGUCAAUGAAACAGUAGACUUCAGCACAAUGGCUAGAAGUGGUGGUGAUGCUUUGAGACCUUCUUUAGCGUCACGUGGAAUCAGAUUACGUGUAACUUCUAGUGGUGCAGUACCUACUGCUGGUAAGGGUGCCUUUUUGAAGGAAAAAUUGGACAAGUUUGAGGGGGAUGAUCUAAGAUGGACCGAGAGGGUUCCUGAAUGUCCUGUCUACAGACCAACAAAGGAUGAGUUUCAGGAUCCUUUGACUUAUCUGCAAAAGAUUUUCCCAGAAGCUUCAAAAUAUGGUAUUUGCAAGAUCGUAUCUCCUUUGACACCAACAGUUCCUGCAGGCGCUGUGUUGAUGAAAGAAAAAUCAAAUUUUAAGUUCACUACCAGAGUGCAACCCCUUCGUCUUGCUGAGUGGGAUUCGGAUGAUAAAGUUACAUUCUUCAUGAGUGGGAGGAACUAUACAUUCCGCGAUUAUGAGAAAAUGGCCAACAAGGUAUUUGCACGUAGAUAUUGCAGUGGUGGCUCUCUGCCCGACUCAUUCCUGGAGAAAGAAUUCUGGAAGGAAAUCUUGUGUGGCAAGACUGAAUCAGUUGAGUAUGCCUGUGAUGUAGAUGGUAGCGCAUUUUCAUCUGCACCAGGUGACCCGCUAGGAAGCAGCAACUGGAACUUGAAUAAAGUUUCAAGGCUGCCGAAGUCUAUCCUGCGCCUUCUUGAAACAUCCAUUCCGGGAGUCACUGAACCGAUGCUUUACAUCGGAAUGCUGUUUAGUAUGUUUGCCUGGCAUGUUGAGGACCAUUAUUUGUACAGCAUCAAUUAUCAGCAUUGUGGAGCAUCGAAAACAUGGUAUGGGGUUCCAGGAUCUGCAGCGCUAAAAUUUGAAAAGGUGGUCAGAGAGUGUGUGUACAAUGAUGAUAUUCUAUCAACUUGCGGAGAGGAUGGAGCCUUUGAUGUGCUUCUAGGAAAGACUACUAUAUUCCCACCUAAGAUUCUUUUGGAUCAUGAUGUGCCGGUGUACAAGGCUGUACAGAAACCUGGAGAGUUCGUUGUAACAUUCCCUAGGGCUUAUCAUGCGGGUUUCAGCCACGGUUUUAACUGUGGUGAGGCAGUGAACUUUGCAAUGGGUGACUGGUUUCCUUUUGGAGCUAUUGCUAGUUGCCGGUAUGCUCAUCUUAACAGACUGCCAUUGCUUCCUCAUGAAGAAUUGAUUUGUAAGGAGGCAAUGCAGUUAAACUCAAGUCCCAAACCCGAGAAUCUGGAUUUUACACCUGCGGAAUUGGCAGGGCAACGAAACAUCAAGACUGCCUUUGUUCACCUGAUUCGUUUUAUUCAUCUGGCUCGAUGGUCUCUAAUGAAGUCAGGAUUAUGCACAGGCCUUGUUUCGAAUACAUAUGGAACCAUCGUAUGCAGUAUGUGUAAACGGGAUUGCUACUUGGCGUUUAUAAACUGCCAUUGCUACUCACAUCCUGUCUGUCUUCGUCAUGAUGUUAAAAAGCUUGACCUUCCAUGUGGGUCAACACGCACUCUUUUCUUGAGGGAUAACAUUGAAGACCUGGAAGCUGCUGCAAAGAAGUUUGAGAAAGAAGAUGGAGUCUCAGAGAUGACUACAGCUGACGAAGAGUUAUACACAUAUCCAUCGUCAGUCACUCUUUCAGCUGCAAAAGAAGAUGGAUAUUCACCGUCUUCCACUAUAUACUUUGACUUCAAAACCGAGUUAGAGAUGACAUCUGGAAAUCCUGUCAUGAGCUACGAAGCAAAUGCUCCAUGUAUAUCCUCGGUUACUGAUGAUUACGUAAAUAGACGAGCUAACUGUAGUAGCAGUAGUGAUUCUAAGCCCCUAGAAGAAGUAGCAAGCAGCAGUAACAAGAAAACUCGGUUCUUCUCUGCGGUUAAAGAUGAACCCAUAGUGACGGAUCAGGAAAGUGACGGUUCUGAUUCCGAGAGUUUCAGAGUCAAACGCCGUUCAGUGAAAUUGGAAAACCGAACAGUUGUUCUGGAGACAAGAGACUCUGGACAUCAUCAGGAUCUUAAAAGAUUGAAGAGACCGCAGAACUACCACGAAGGAAGAUGUAGUGCUAGUAUCAAUAGUAUAAGUAAGCAAGAAGAAGAAAUGGUGUUAGUAAUAUCAAACAGAAAGGAAACUGAUGAGCAGCAAAGUGACGUCAUGAUGAUGAAGAAUGAGAAUCAGUUUGUUGGUGGGUUUAAACGUCUGAAAGUGAAAGGGUUGAUAAAGCCGUAACGUGACAGACAGCUUCAACUUCCUCCUAACUACAAUUAUUUUAAUUUUGCUGAUCUCUAACUCAAUACAGGGAAAGAAAAAGGGGAAUCAAAAGCAAAAUAUUCGGUUAUCUGAUUUUUAUAUUUUUUCUAUUACGGGAAGAAGAAAGAAGACGAAAGAAGCAACAACAGAGAAGCAUUAACAAAAGCCAACCUACAACCAAGACUAUUGGUUUCUUUUUUAGGAUUUACCAAAUCUUUGAUUCU